UACUCUCCUCUCAGUCUGUAGGUGCCAACGCCAUUGCCAGUUCGGACACCGUGUCGUUUGUGUGUGAGUUUGCCUUUACCAAACUAAAUUGUUUGCACCGGCGCAACUCAAUUUUUUAUUCAUUCUAUAACGGAACAGAGGUCCAUUUUUUCCAGUUUUCUCAAGUGAAUCAUUUUCCCGCCAGAGUGCGUCUAUUUGUCUGUAAUCAUUAAAGAUGAAAUCAAAAAGAACAGUUGAUACUAUAAUGCAAAAAAUUAGGCUACGGGCCGUUGUUGAGCUUCAACGACUAACAGAUGAAAAUAUUGUUGAAAUUUUAACUGAAUUAAAAAAAAGAAAAAAGACUGUAACACCACCUUGUCAUGAUGAAACUGAACCUAGUGUUAAGAGAAUUAAGUUCAAUGAUAAAGGAAAAGAAGUAUUAAAAUUAGUGUUAUCGCGAGAAGGGGAGUCUGAUAAAUUUAAGUCACAAUUUAAGACUACACUUUAUAGUCGGAUAGUUGACGAAUCUUCUGAUGAUCCAGCAUCUCCUUGUAGUGUAACGGAAGUAGAUUCAGAUAGUAAUGUUCAAAAUAUUAGUUUAAUUGGCAAAUCAAGUGAUAUGAAAAAAAUUUCAACUUUAGAAUUACGUGAUAAGUCCAUUAAAGAUCAAGAAUUGUUAGAUGAAAAGAAAGAUAAACCUUGUAAUGAAUUGAAUAGUCUAAUUGGUAAAAUAUGGGUUCGGGAUGUACGAACUAUGAUGACAGAAGCUAUGUUAAAAAGAUAUUAUAGAGUGUUUAGUGAGUUAAAUCAACAGUUGGCUGUAAAACAAAUAUCAACUCUUACAAAUACACAACCUACUGUUGAAAAUACACAAUCAAUCCCUAUAAAUACUCAAUCAACCCUUAUAAAUACACAACCAACAAAUCAGUUGUUAAUAAAGGGUAAUUUGAAGCUUGUAGAUAUAGAAAUGUUGUACAGUAAAUAUUUUAGCAAACAUGUACAAGACACAAUUGUCAUAAUUGCCAAUAUACUUAAUAUAAUCUCGUUAUCAAACAGACAUCAUAAGGCUCGAAUGGAUGAGUCAUUUAAAAAGAAAACUGAAGCGGAGAAACUAAAAGAGCGAUGUGAUGCAAACAGAAUACAUGAGAGACAUAAAUUUAUAUUAGAAUCUCAGCUCAAGUAUAGAUUUAUUGAAGUCGUAUCAAUGUUUAGUGAUCAAGAUUUUGAUCACGCUUUUCAAAUGUUCUUCCUGAGUGUACUGACAGUUCUUCGUGUACUCGACCAUCCAAAGUUUAAAAAAGGAAGUAUUUUUAAAAAUUUAGUACUCUUGCUAUGGAACAGUCUGAGGAGCUGCAACCUUGAUAAUCGCAGAGUUUUCACUAUGUUUCGAUCGAAGACAUUUCGACCAGACUGCAUCGAAUUAAUCAGUCUUAUUGAAGAUAGUCGUGAAUCUGAUCCUGGUAUUGUGGAUCGAAUGUCAAUGUUUUUUAUAUCUAAUAUAGAUGCUACAGAUUUCCAACGCGUAAUAGAAGGAGUUACUAGCGAUACAAGUGCUGACAUGUUGGCCACAUUAGUGCAUGAAGCAUCGCAGAACAUUCGUCGAAAUUCAAAAUUUAAGGAUCCUCUAAAAAAUAAUAUUAACUCAUCUGCCAAUUUAGAAACUACUACGAUACUCACUAAUGCAGUUCAAGGUUCCAACGAAGUUAUUAAACAUUGGGUUAUAACAAAAGGACCUAACGGGACGUAUCAACCUUAUCCAAUGACAAAUGAAAAUAAACCUCCUAGAAAUACAAUCAAUGAUAAUAAUGAAUCAAUAUCAUCUGUUAGCCCUCAGUUGAACUCUUAUUAUGAAAAUUUUUCGAAUACAUUGUUAAAGAACGUUCCUGAUUUGAUGGGUACUAAACCGAUAACAACUAAAAUUAAUUUAGCUUCGUCAACUGUGACCAGUGGGGGGUCACUACCAGGAAAAUUUGUUGCAUACGAUCCUAAAAAUAACACAGUUAAAGCUAUUUCUAGCUCAAAUAUUCAGCGAGCUGAUGGCAACACGUAUGUAGUGAAACCUUAUCAACUAUUUAGGGGUCAAAUGAGACCAAUGAUAUCCCAAGGAAAAUCUAACGGUAUCAUUCUAGCGCAACAACCAAAGAAUACUGAUGGACCUGUUCGAUGUUAUGCUAGAAACUGUAAUGAAAUUGCUACUAUUAUGUGUAGUACCUGUACUUCAGUUAAAUAUUGUUCUCACAAUUGCCAAAGAUCAGACUGGUAUGAAAAGCAUAUAAAUAAUUGUGAUAGACUGCAAAAAUUAAAAAUGCUACAACAAAAAGCUCAAAAUUCCUAAUUUAAUUUAAUGAAUAUUAAUUAUACAUUUUUUUUUGUUAUUGUUCUUUAUAGUUGACAAGUGAUGAAUUAUGUAAUAUAAAAUUAAUAAUUUAUCUUCAAAAAUUUACUAUUGUUUUUAUACAUUAUAAUUUAAUAAAUUUUUGUUUAAAAAUAUUAGUAUGUAAUAAUUUAUCAAAGAUGCAAGUUUUUAUAAACUGUUAUUUUUUUACGCAAUGAUAAUUUCAUAGGUUGUAACUAUUAAAUUUUUAUAAAAUUGAUUAUUUUUGUUAUUUUAAUUCUUUAUUGUCCUUUGUGAAAUAAUCUACUUUUUAAAAUGAAAAUCAUGUAAACUUGGUUUGUCAUCAUCUUUAUAUUUUUGAUCCAAUUAUUUUAUACUCAUUAGUCAAUUAUGAAUAAAUUUAAAAAUAAAAAAAAAAAAA